UGAGGCAAGUAAUGCCAUCUUUGUUUCUUCACACAUAAAUGAAAACUGGAAAAGUUACUUGGGCUUUUAGCAGAGGCUGCUUCCAGUCACUCCUCCUGAGCUGAAGCUGGGUUUGAGCUCUCGCCACCAUGCCUGCCGAUUACAAUGGGACCUGGGAAAUGGUGACCAAUGACAACUUUGAAGGCUACAUGGUUGCUUUAGGUAUUGAUUUUGCAACUCGUAAGAUUGCAAAACACUUGAAACAAACAAAAGAGAUUGUACAAAAUGGAGACAAUUUUAAAACCAAAACACUCAGUUCUUUGCGAAACUAUGAGCUGGAUUACACUGUGGGAGUGGAGUUUGAAGAGCAAACCAAAGGACUGGAUAACCGAGUGGUGAAGACCCUGGUGACCUGGGAUGGUGACAAACUGGUCUGUGUUCAGAAAGGUGAAAAGAACAACAGGGGCUGGAAACACUGGAUUGAAGGAGACAUCCUGCAUCUGGAACUGACAUGUGAGGACCAGGUGUGCCAUCAGACAUUUAAGAAGAAGAACUAAAAUGGAGCAGAACAUCUUCCAGAUCUUCAUCACAAUGUUAUGCUGAUAUCUUUUGCCUAAAAAGAAGAAUGAAGCCAGAUUUUCAUUUCUUUGACACUUCUAUGAGAAUAUAUUAUGUGCCUGUUUAUGGAAACAAACACAUUUUAUAGAAAUAACAUCAAACAGUUACAAAGCUCAUAAAUUCCUUUGCCUUUCAGUCUGGAGUUAAAUAAAAGUACUUGCCUUUCAAAUAAUGUUUCCCUACAUUUUUAUAAAGACUUCCAGAGGAAUGUCCAUUAGCAGCAAGGCUGAAAAUUAACAGUCACAAUUAAUUCAACCUCAGUCUGUGUCCCCACAGUGCUGUUUUAUCAUGUCUUUGGGUGGACUGAGUAACACUGGAUAUUCACCGGGCUGUUUCUAUUUAAUUUAGUCCUGGAUCACUAAGUCCAUGGUUUCAGGCAACACCUCACUGAGCACAACACACGUCCUUUCACAGCAGGACUGUUCCCUUGAAUUUGGCCCAGGUCUAAAGCUGCUGCUGGUUAUCACCUGACAAAUAUCUGACAGCCUUUGGGAGGUGCUGCAGCUCCUCAGUAUGAUCCUAACAUGGAUCAAUGACAGUGCUGUAACUUCCAGUCAGAACUGGC